UCUCUCUUUUAGGAGAUACCUCAUGUUUCACCCUGCGCUGCCAGUUUGGUUGCCAGUUGGAAAGAUGGGGAACAGUUCGGUGCCUGUGUCCACCUGGCCUCCACCUGGCACCUGACAAUAGGACCUGUAAAGAUGUAGACGAGUGUCAGAAGGCUGAUAUGUGUCCACCACGGCAGACCUGCAAGAAUACUUUCGGCAGCUUCGUUUGUGUGUGCAGAGAUGGCUUUGUGAUGGGAAGCCUGUGGGAAUCUGUAGAGUGCCGAGACAAGGAUGAAUGUCUAAUUGGAAAUCACGUGUGCAGUCGGCACGCUCGGUGCAUCAACACGGAGGGCUCGUACACGUGUCAGUGUUUAGAGGACAACUUUGGCAACGGACGCUCCUGUGGGCCCAGGAGAGCUCCAGAGUCUAAGGCUGCAAUGUACUUCAGCUACAAACGCUUCAAAAGGACCAGACCUGUACGCACUUUGUUGUUUUAGAGCUGCAUUUUAGAACCAUGAUGAUCCAAUAAAAAGGAAAUAAAUCCAGUGGAAGCCAAGACAUAUAGUGCAGGUCUAAAGUUUACAUUUACUCAUCAUCACCAUAAAAUUAAUUAUAGG